ACUAGGAUUGUAUACAGAGUUGCCUAACAAAACCCUUUGUUUUCCUUUUGCCUCUUUGCAUAUUCUUGAUUUCUCAUCAUUCAAAAUUUUACAGAGAAGGCAAACAUGUCUGGCGAAAUUGCACGUAGUCGUCUUGCAGAGGAACACAAAUCAUGGCUUAAGAAUCACCCAGAUGGUUUUGUGGCUGAGCCGGAAACCGGUUCAGAUGGGUCUGUCAAUUUGAUGGUGUGGCAUUGUACUAUCCCUGGAAAACCCGCGACUGACUGGGAAGGUGGCUUCUAUCCAAUAACAAUGCACUUUAGCGAAGACUAUCCUAGCAACCCACCCAUGUGCAAGUUUCCUCAAGGUUUCUUUCAUCCUAAUGUCUAUCCAUCAGGAGAAGUAUGUAUGUCGAUCCUCGAUGAGGACAGGUGGACACCUGACCUUAGCAUUGAAGAAAUUUUGGUGGGUAUCCAACAUUUGCUUGACUGGCCAAACUCUCAAGAUCCAACACAAAUUUGUUAUCAGCUAUACAUCGAUGAUCAGAAUGAGUACAAGAGACAAGUGAGAAAACAGGCCCUGAAUUAUGCAGCUGGUCCUCAAUCUUAAAAAGUCACUAAACUUUGUAUCUGCUCUCUUGCUCUCGUAGUUGUUAAGAAAUGAAUCUUUUCUGUUAAAGGCCGCAACCGUGAUUUCACCAAAGUUGCAUUAGCAGUUUUCUUGUAAAUUUUGGAACAAUUGGUAGCACUUAUGAAAAUGUCUUCCUAAGACCUUGACUUCCACUAAAAGGUUCUUUGACAUCAUUAAAUCUCGAAAGCUCUUAUCAUUUGUUUU